AUGACGUUUACUUUCACAAUUUUCUGCUGCCUGCUAACCUCCCUAACAUUGGGCUCCGCAAGUGAUGAACACUUGGUCUUUGCAGGUGCUUGCAACAAAGAGGCGCCAAGCUUUUGCGACCGAAUUGUCCGCAACUCGGUGUGCAAUCGAGCGAAAAACGAAUGCUUCUGUCGAAAAGGAUUUGUCGCAGUCAAGGAGGGGGACAGUGUCGCCUGCAAAACAUGCAAUGUAAGUUUCUUUCUGUUCCGUCGAACCGUAGUGCUCACGGAUCUCAAGUGUCGGGUGGAUGCGGACUGCGUUCACGUGAACCGAAGCAGCUGUCACCCCGGCGCGGGUUUCUGCACCUGCCCUGGCAACACCGUAUUCGUACCUCAGUUGAACGCCUGCAGAACGAAGUUGUUUGAAAGGAAGAGUCUCGUGUGUUCCUCCUGUCUAAAGGAAGGCGGGAGUUGUUUUGCUUACGAUGCGAACGAUAGACAACCCGACUCAGCCUCAACGUUUGAGCCGUAUGGAUGUGUUUGUCCCAACUUCCGGACAAGCACGCAAUUUCGGCAUCCCUCUCGACCUCAGCGAACCUGCGGCGCUCAACUGGGCACUGCUCGCAUUCCCUAUAAAGUUAUAUGUUUGGUAUCAAGUGUCUACGUGGCAGGAUAUUCUUUAAUAAAUUUCCUUAAUUUUCUAGACCCUAAAGCGGGCAUCAAAGAGGAAACAUGUCAACAAUGCAUCAAGAAUGGAGGAGAGUGUUAUUGGCUUACGAAUACACGGGCGGAGUGUAAAUGUCCCCUAGGCAAAUCCAACUCCCAAAUUUAUGGCAAUGUUAACAACGGGGUGUGCACAUUUAAACAUGUUCAAACAAUUUGCGAAAACGGCCUCCUGUUGAUUUGCUACGUGCCUCACUGGGAGGCCCCCUACGAGGAUCUGGCAAGCCACCUGGGCAGUGGCGCGGCGGAAGCGCGUCUGACGGCAGCCUCCCUGGGCUCCGCCGACUCGGCGUGUCGUCUGAGGCGGGCCACCGACGUCACCAGUUCGCUCACUGAUCUGUGGCGCGCCAUGCUCACCAAGCUCUCAUCGCACAGCCCGAGGGCGGGAAACGCCACGCGCGUUGGUCCCUACUGCACCCAGUUGGACAUUGCUCACGAUCUUCCUCUUCACUGUGGCAUUCGGAUCUACAGCGUGGCGGGGGACAUGAUGAAAUAUCAAGGAGCAAUUGAAGUUGAAAUGGAAAAUUCGCCAUUUAACCGCAACAGGGAUUUGCGCCUUCCCUUCACUUGUAUUGACCACAAACUCUCAAAGGCGCGCCAGAAUGUGAUUUCACAAUUCAAGCACCUGAAUGCAAAUGUUAGUAUGGUGAUUGUGAACAAAAAUCUGCAGGAUGUAGAUCAGGUGAAUGAGGAAGAGAACAUUUCACUGAGAUUCAGCCUCAUCUCUGCGUCAACUGGUGGUAAGAACUCAACAAAAAGAUCACCAAUUGGGCAUCGUUUUGUCCUAAGAUCAACGUCAACAUUAGACAAGCUCUUUUUCUUGAGUAACUCAUAUUUCAUUGUAGCACAGGGGUCUAUCGCCGUCGAAAGCUGCUUUGCCUCAGUCAGCGGCUCACAAUUUUCACCCCCUUCGAUCUACUCGGGCUUCCCCAUCUACGCAGCGGGAUGCACAGCAAAUAACAAGGCCUAUCGGAUUCAUUUUGACGAAUCACAGCUCUCAGGGCGAAGUCUUCAGUCGACCUUCUUUCAAGUGUUUCGCAUUGAGUACUUCAGCUCACUCUUCAUUCGGUGUUUUGUCAAAUUUUGUCCCCAAUCUCUCACGUGUCGUGUGGAAAGCUUAGACUGCUCCGAUCCAGCGCAGGCGUACACGGGAAAAAAGAGACCGGGGGGGAACCAUCGUCUUUUUGACCGAUGGGUCCAUCUCAACAUCGUGCCAGCCCAAAAGGAAUCACUUGUGACGGGGAGCGUAGACGGUACCACCAAUGCCAAUCGGCGCCUCAGCAAUGACCCAGAGCCCUGCAGGUACGCAGUCUGUCUCACGCAGCCCCAGCUCAUUUCCGCCUCCGUCGUCACAGCACUAAUUGUAAUCGUGGUGCUUUUGAUCGCUCUUGUUGCCCUAAGGAGACACAGCCGAUACCACCAGGCUGAACCUGAGGCAUCAAAUAAGCCUAGUUGUUCUGCUUACGAGUACGUUAACUGGUCAACACCCGUAUACAGCCGAGAUUGGGAAAAUCCGGCGUCGAUUUUCCAGCCUCUGGUUCUUUCCGAUUCUGCAGUUCAGCGAAAUCCCGUCUCAUCCACUGCUUCCGCUAUCUGUUCAAAGGGCAAACUACCAAUUAAUUCCUUUGUUCGAAAUCCAAAUAACGUCAUCAGCCUCUUUCACCCACCAUCCACAGAAGCGGAGACCAAGUGCCGGAGUUUUUCUGAGAUUCAACGUAGUCUGGCCACCGAGCCCCUUGCUGGGUCCGAUUGCAGACAUUCUAUGGUCAAAAAACUUGGCAAAGACAUCUUCACGAAUGCUGUUGAGCCGUUUGAGUUGCAGCCCGUUGAAGUGUACGAGACGGAGGGUCAGGGCUCAGUUGGCCUCUACGCCCCCUUUCUGUGCAUUCGUGAGACAAAUGCCAUAAAAAAUGACACAACCGACUCGGCCUGUCAAUUGUUGGCUAGUAACAACCGGAGGGAGGAGGGCCUUACAACAACGACGCCCCUGAUUCACCGCAAGUCACGGUCUGGGAGCUCUCCGGCGGCGUCGGCACAGUCAGCCACCCUUCAGCGAAUGCCAACUAAGCAGAACAUCGGCAUGUCCAAAAUGAGCUCAAACCUCGAGACUUUCCCUUCUAUGAAAUUUCUGACUGACUCCGAGCAAGCGGCUAACAAUCGAAACACUCCACUUUCACCAUGCACUGUUUUAGCAGAUGAAAACAAUGUAUAA